GAGCCUUUUCCUUUAGGCAAAAGAGCAUGUUCAUACAACGGGUGCAAAUGCAACAGUCGUGGGAAGCAACUUACUGUCUGCGGUAAUUGUGUUUGGUCCGACAACAACGCCUAUGUUGUUACUACGAAGCGAGUUUCGACUCAUAUUUUUGAGUGUGCUCCAAAUGGCAAUUGUUGUGAUUAUGGAAAAGCAAGCGAUUGUGGGAGUGCAAGUGCGAGGUGCAAG